GGAGAACGAAGAGGAACAAAAAAAUAGAGAAGCAAAUCGGAGACGUUCGAGAAGAAGAAGAAGAAGAAGAUCGUAAAUAUGCCGGUCAUUGAUAUUAUCUUCAGAGUCGACGAGAUUUGCAAAAAAUACGACAAGUACGACGUCGACAAACACCGUGAGAUCGGCGCUUCCGGAGACGAUGCCUUCUCUCGCCUCUUUACUUCCAUCGAUUCCGACAUUGAAGCUGUUCUUCGUAAAGCGGAGAUGGCGUCAACGGAGAAGAAUAGAGCAGCCGCAGUGGCUAUGAAUGCUGAGGUUCGAAGGACAAAAGCGCGUUUAGCUGAAGAUGUUGUUAAGCUGCAGAAACUCGCUGUUAAAAAGAUUAAAGGGCUUACAAGAGAGGAACGAGAAUCGCGCUGUGAUCUAGUUAUCGCGUUAGCCGAUAGGCUUCAAGCAGUACCUGAUGGGAAUGAACAUGGAGCAAAACAAGCUAAUAAUGAGUGGGGAGGUGCUUCUGCACCUAACAAGAACAUCAAGUUUGAUAUGUCUGAGGAAGACAUGGAUGAUGGAUUUUUCCAGCAAACUGAAGAAUCUAGCCAGUUUCGACAAGAAUAUGAGAUGAGAAAAAAGAAACAAGAUGAAGGUCUUGAUGUCAUAUCUGAAGGUUUGGAUGUACUAAAGAACCUAGCGCGUGACAUGAAUGAGGAACUUGACAAGCAAGUCCCAUUGAUGGAAGAAAUGGAAACAAAGGUCGAUGGAGCAACUUCAGAUUUGAAGAACACCAAUGUUCGGCUCAAGAAACAGCUUGUGCAGAUGAGAUCUAGCCGCAACUUCUGCAUCGACAUUGUUCUUCUAUGUGUGAUCCUUGGAAUCGUCUCUUACAUUUACAAUGCUCUAAACUAAAACUUGGGGAUGUGCUACUCUGACAUCCUUCUGGCCUUUGUGAAGCUUUAUGGUAAGUUCUUAACUAAACUGAUAAAAGUUACUUUUCUUCCAAGACAAGAAAGCAAGAUAUUUCCU